CGUCUCUUUUCUUGUCGACGUGCUGAUCGCGCCUUACUGGUUGAUUUUCUGCAUCAACCCUACACUCUAUACGAGUAUCCCGGCUCUUCAGAGCCUUGGUUGCGAUAGUUGUGUUGUACACCAGCACAAACGAAAGCGUCCGUAAUUUAGAAGGGGAAAAGAUAGAACGAGCCAGCAGUCGUUCCACUUCUUUGAGUCUCUUUCUUACUUUGAUAAUUCCUCUUCCCCGCGCAUUGCACUCGUCAGCUCCCAGCACGCCCGACCCUUGCAGUAUAUCUCCUACUUGUCAUCGCCCAACACAAGCACACUCCGCUUUCAUCGUACCCGAUCAGAUUCAAGUCGUUUCCUCUUGUCUCAUCCUAUCCCAACACUGCUUUGCCUCGCAAAGCCUCCUGCCAUACAAGUCUCUCAACGCCCGUCAUUCCACAGCAUUUUUCUACGUCGAUCCUCACUUCUCCCGCCUCACUUCCUACACUGUGCACGAUUACACCAAUCCUUCCCGUUCCUCAAGCACCAGAUUCCCUACCCAAUCGAUCGCCGAACCAGCACGCUUUUCUGGGAAUUUCUGGUGUACAUAGUCGAUCAAAUAAAGCAAGACAAGUCAAGACAGAUAUUCUUCCAUUGCGACUCUUUUUGAGUAAGCGAGACAAGACUGCACCGUUGAAAUAAUGUCCGCCUCCCCGUCCGCGUUACAAUCGACCAAACGUCCUCUUGAGGACCCUUCGUCUCCGUCCGGACCCAAUGACCAGCCUGAGGCCAAACGUCCUGCUCUGGACAAAGUAGUUAAAGGAGAGGAGUCCGAGAACAAUGCAGAGGUGAAGACCGAGUCUGGUGCCGCGAAUGAUGCAGAUGGUCAGGGUGAUACUGUUGUCCCAGAUGCCCCGAAGGGAGGCGUCAGUGAAACACAACCGAUUCAGUCGACUGCUUCUCAUGGUGAAGCGGCGGGCAACCAGAGCGAGCAGCAGCGGCCCCAGGACGAGUCUAACUGGAUCCAUAUCCGUGCUGUAAUAUCCAGCCAAGAGGCUGCCACCGUCAUUGGUAAGGGCGGGGAGAAUGUAUCUCAAAUCCGCCGUUUGUCAGGUGCCAAGUGUACUGUUAGCGACUACUCCCGCGGUGCUGUGGAGCGUAUCUUGACUGUGAGCGGCCCGCAAGAUGCCGUCGCUAAGGCCUUUGGUCUGAUCAUCCGUACAUUGAACAACGAGCCCCUUGAUGCUGCUUCCACGGCUCAAUCAAAGACCUACCCCUUGCGCUUGUUGAUUCCUCACAUCCUCAUUGGUUCCAUUAUUGGCAAAGGUGGUACUCGUAUCCGGGAGAUCCAGGAUGCCUCUGGAGCCCGUCUCAAUGCUUCGGAUGCUUGCCUUCCUCUUUCCACUGAGCGAUCUUUAGUCAUCCUUGGUGUCGCUGAUGCUGUUCAUAUCGCAACAUACUAUGUUGCUGUGACUCUUGUGGAGCAGCUUACAGAACGUUUUGGAGGUCCAGCAGCCUCUGCUUAUGCCACCCGGAGCGGCGGUCCUGCUGGAGCCGUCCCAGGUGGUAUGCAGGUUGUACCUUACGUGCCCCAGCCAGCUGGUGGUCAGUAUGGUCAUCCGGAUACCUUCAAGCGACACCACCCGGGCCAGGCCAGAGCCGGUGCUGGAGCCUAUGGUGUGCCUUACCUUCAUGGACAGCACGCGCCAGCUCCUGUUGCUCCGCAACCUAUGCACUAUGGUGCUCCGCAAACUCCCUACGCUGGGGCUGGUCCUCAUCAGCCUACUCCCUACGGCGCACCACAGGCUGCUCAGCCACGUGGUGGCCCGACCCCUGCUGCUCCCGUCGGCGGCGCUAUGCCCGGCCAGCCGUUAACUCAGCAGAUCUAUAUCCCGAACGAUAUGGUUGGCGCUAUUAUCGGUAAGGGAGGCGCUAAGAUUAACGAAAUUCGACACCUUAGUGGCAGUGUGAUCAAGAUCAAUGAGCCACAGGAAAAUAGCAACGAGCGUCUGGUAACCAUCACUGGUACUCAGGAAUGCAAUCAGAUGGCGCUGUACAUGCUCUACUCAAGACUUGAAAGUGAAAAGCACCGCAUUUAGACCGCUAGUAGUUUGUGUGCGUGUUUUCCCAUUUGCGUUGUCUAUGAAGAGCUUGGGCUAUCUGUAUUCCGACAAAAAUUCGUUUGCCAUGGUGGUGGUGAUCUUGGUGGUUUCAUUAGUGGCCUUGCAUAUUUUCUGUUGUACUAUUGAAAAGCGCUCCCUCGAAGCUUCAGCCGUAUCGUGCUCGAUUUGAACAGACUAUAUGUAACUUGUUGUUGCGCAUAAUUAUGGAUUUGCUUUUCUCU